AUGGAGUUUCUGAGCGAGAAGUUUGCCCUCAAGAGCCCACCGAGUAAAAACAGUAACUUUUACAUGGGCGCAGGAGGCGCGUUGGAGCACGUUAUGGAGACGCUGGACAAUGAGUCCUUUUACAGCAAAGCGUCGGCGGGCAAAUGCGUGCAGGCCUUCGGGCCCCUGCCCCGCGCCGAGCAUCACGUGCGCCUGGAGAGGACCUCGCCCUGUCAGGACGGCAGCGUGAACUAUGGGAUCACUAAAGUAGAAGGACAGCCUCUUCACACCGAACUAAAUAGAGCUAUGGACAACUGUAACAGUCUCCGGAUGUCUCCCGUGAAAGGGAUGCCAGAGAAGGGAGAACUGGAUGAACUUGGGGAUAAAUGUGACAGCAACGUAUCCAGCAGUAAGAAACGGAGACACAGAACCACCUUUACCAGCUUGCAGCUGGAGGAGCUGGAAAAGGUCUUUCAGAAAACCCAUUACCCGGAUGUAUACGUCAGAGAACAGCUUGCUCUGAGGACUGAGCUGACUGAGGCCAGGGUCCAGGUUUGGUUUCAAAAUCGAAGGGCCAAGUGGAGAAAAAGAGAACGUUAUGGCCAAAUCCAGCAAGCUAAAAGCCACUUUGCUGCCACCUAUGACAUAUCAGUUUUGCCAAGGACUGACAGCUAUCCACAGAUUCAGAACAAUCUGUGGGCAGGAAAUGCAAGUGGUGGUUCUGUGGUCACUUCAUGCAUGUUGCCACGUGACACUUCCUCCUGUAUGACACCUUACUCUCACUCGCCUCGGACAGAUUCCAGUUACACAGGGUUUUCAAACCACCAGAACCAGUUCAGCCAUGUGCCCCUCAACAAUUUUUUCACUGACUCUCUUCUUACCGGGGCUACCAAUGGACAUGCAUUUGAAACAAAGCCAGAGUUUGAAAGGAGGUCCUCCAGUAUCGCAGUUCUUCGAAUGAAAGCCAAGGAGCACACUGCCAAUAUUUCAUGGGCCAUGUAA